AUGAGUCUCUCCCAUCCCUUCCCACUGACCCUUGGACCAGAUGUCUGGAUUUUAACACAGAAGGGACCUUGCAGGCAGAGAACAGCUCAGCAUUGACCCUUUGGUUGCCUUCGUAGACAGGUACUCCAUGAGGUUCAUCAGAAGGCUUCUGCUGUGCAGCUGCCACACACAAAAAAAUUGGGGACAGAUCAAAGCAGGAACAGACCAACAUCUGCGGCAACCAAAGCAAGCAAGAGGUACAAACUGAAUGAAUAA